UCCUGAGAAAGAAGACGGGACCGCUACAUUAGGAAGGUCAGCUAUGGCCGAAACGGCCCUCUCACCGCCGCCACAGGCGGUUGCCUCGGCGACGACGGCGAUUGCCAGGGACAGCAAGGUCUCGCCGGUGGGGUCUCCUCUGGGCGAGCUCCCCUCUGCGCCCUCGCCGCCUUCUUUGGACCUCAGCCCGCUGCAGGCUCUCGCCUUGCGCGCCCUGCUUUCGGCCCUCGACCAGAUUGCCGAGCCGAAGACGCUUCUCCUCGAUGCAGAGCUCGCUGGCCCAUUAGGUCUCGUCUGCGAUGUGGGAAGUCUCCGUGCGCACGGUGUUGAGCGCAUGUUCUGGCUCGAGGACAACCCAGGCCAAGGAUCGCAAAAGGUAGUCGAGAGGGACGUCAAUGCACCUACGAGAGCCGUCGUGUACGUCUGCAGGCCCCAGUUGGGCCUCAUGAGGGUCAUUGCGGGUCAUAUUCUCCACGAUCGCAAGAAUGCCGCGUCGUCGGCGUCCCUCUCCCACACCUACCACGCCCUCUUUUCGCCCCGUCGGACAGAGCUGUCGCUGCACCUCUUUUCGACCAUUGCGACGCCUUCCCUCCUCUCCGACCUGAACCUCUACGAUCUUGGACUGGAGCUGGUACCGCUCGAGUACGACGUUUUGUCGCUCGAGGAAGAGUCGAGCUGGGCCGACGUCUGGGCCAAGGGAGACCACGGCGUGGUGCACCGAGCCGCCAUGGCCCUCAUGACGAUGCAGCACGUCUGGGGCGCAUUCCCCAAGAUUGUGGGCAAAGGCGACAUGGCCAAGCGCCUGUCUGAUUUGCUCGUUAGGCAGAGGCGAGAGUACCUUGCUUCCGACCCAACCAACCCGGCCCUGUCCAACCCUUCCAAGGCCAUUGAUGGUGUCAUUAUUCUCGAUCGCGCCGUCGAUCUGGCCACACCGCUCUGUACCCAGCUGACCUACGAGGGUCUCGUCGAUGAGAUCGUCGGCAUCAAAUCUGCUCACGUGGAGGUCGAUCCAUCGUUGGUGAGCAGCGAACCCAGCAGCCAGGGUGCUGGUGCGGCUGCGGGGAGCAUGACAGCUUCGGGCAGCGGCACGCCGUUAAGGGAGGCGUCUGCACAGCAGAAGCGAAAGACGAAAAAGGCACGGCUAGACACUUCAACGGACCCCCUUUUUGGUUCGAUCCGUGACUCGAACUUUGCCAUUGUCGGCGAGCGGCUUCACGAGGCUGCCAAGCGGCUCAACAAGGACUACGAGAAGCGACAUGCGGCAAAGACGGUGGCGGAGAUGCGGGCCUUUGUUCAGCGCCUGGGUGGCCUCCAGCAGGCUCACGCGAGCCUGCGUCUCCAUACAGGCCUGACGGAGCGCAUCAUGGAUGCCACGACGAAGGAGGUCUUCAACGCCAGCCUCGAGCUGCAGCAGAACAUCAUUGCUGGACUGGACCUCGCGGCGCAGCUGAACAGCAUCGAAGACCUCAUCACGGCCUCGGCCCCUUUUCUCGUCGUCAUGCGCCUGCUAUGCCUCCUCAGUGUUGUCUCUGGCGGGCUGAAGCCAAAGAAUCUCGAGUACCUCAAGCGAGAAAUCCUCCAGACGUACGGAUAUCAGCACCUCCCCCUGUUGCUCACGCUCAGCGAUGUCGGCCUUCUCACUCGUGCCACACCGAGCUCCACCCGGUCGAGCAUCGGAUUCAGCGCGGCGAGGCAGCCCCUGCGCUUGGUCGACGACGAGGUAGACGAGCGCAAUCCGAGCGACAUUUCUUACGUCUACAGUGGCUAUGCGCCGCUGAGUGUCCGACUCGUCCAACUUGCCGCGUCGAGGGAGUCGCUGGCUGGUCCGUCGACCCGACGAAGACCAGCUGCGUCAAAGGGCGCACCGAUCCAGGGCUGGAGGGGCUACGAGGACGUUGUCAACUGCCUUCCCGGGUCGACCUUCGAGGAGGACCAGCUUCCGUCAUCUGCAGCAGCAGCAGCAGCAACAUCAACGACAACAAAGGCCAUCGUCCCGCCCACGACUCUGGUCUUUUUCCUGGGAGGGGUAACCUACGCCGAGAUUUCGGCGCUGCGCCUGUUGAACUCGCUCUCGACGGAGAGGAGAUUCGUCGUGGCUACCACAAGCAUCAUAAGCGGCGAUCGCAUGAUUCAGAGUCUCGAGGCAUGAACUGCCACUCUCAGGACUUCAUUUGUAUUUUUAGAAGAGCGCAUAGUCUCUAUACCAUCUGCUCGAAACAACUGACCCUCCUUGCUCGCUACGCCAAGCUCGCAAUGCACCGACGUGGAUCACAG